UACUUAUGAGAAGAGGCAGAGGACCUUCGCCACCAGUGAAGCAGGGGUAACCAGGAGUGGAAGUGGAGAGUGGAGUGUUUGAUAUAUGCAAGUGGGGUGAAGAGAGAGAGACCCUCCACUCUGUGGGGUCAGCCGAUGAGAGAAGAUGAAGAACCAAAUUACCAACGCCAUCUCUGACUUCUUCUUUGAGUACGAGACCCCGCGCCAGGUGUUGGUGAGGAACAGGAGGGUGGGAGUGGUGUGCCGUAUCAUCCAGCUGGGGGUCCUGGCUUACAUCAUUGGGUGGGUGUUCAUCUACGAAAAAGGCUACCAGUCCACAGACAUAGCAGUGGGCUCCGUAUUCACCAAAAUGAAAGGAGUGGGCUACACCAGCAUAAACGGGUCCGAGAGAGUCUGGGAUGUGGCCGACUACGUCUUUCCCUCUCAGGGAGAUGCAUCUUUUGUGGUGAUGACAAACUACAUCAUAACUGAAGGUCAGAAGAUGGGAAAGUGUCCAGAGCUCCACGGAAAGCACAACUGCAGCUCGAACGCUGACUGUGAAGGAGGGAGUUUCAAACGUACGGGACAUGGGCAAAUGACUGGUGAAUGUGUGAAAGAGACCAAGACCUGUCAGGUUUUGGCCUGGUGCCCUGUCGAGGAUGAUCUCGUCAUACCUGAUCCUCCUAUGCUGAUGUCUGCUGAGAACUACACGCUGUUCAUCAAAAAUUCAGUCACUUUCCCCUUAUUUGGCGUCUCAAGGAGUAACCUGGUGGAGGGCAUUGAUGCUGGAUACAUCAGCAAAUGCCUUUAUCAUCCUGAAAAUGCUCCACUGUGUCCCAUAUUCAGACUGGGAGACAUAGUUAAACUGUCUGGUUUCAAUUUCGAAACAAUAGCCACAGUGGGAGGGGCUAUUGGUGUUGUGGUGGACUGGACAUGCAACUUCGAUGUGGCUGUAACACACUGUAAACCAAAGUACGCCUUCCACGGUCUGUAUGGAAACCCCACUGAGACAGACAAAGCCAGAGCUUCAGUGGGCUACAAUUUCAGGUAUGCUAAGCAUUAUAUGGAGGACAGCAUUCCGAAGAGAACUCUCCUCAAAGUGUUUGGGAUCAGGUUCGAUAUCAUUGUGCAAUCAUUGGCAAGAAAGUUUGAUAUCAUCCCAACCUUAACAGCUAUAGGCUCUGGAGUGGGCAUCUUUGGAGUGGCAACCGUAGUAUGUGACUUGGUGCUGCUGUAUUUGCUACCAAAAAGAGCAUUUUACAAGAACAUGAAAUUCAAAUACACAGACACGCAUGCACAGCAGGACAGCGAGUGGCUUGAUUUAGAAACAGGUGACUGUUGCCCCUUUGACGCAAAUGCAAGACAAGGCCAAGGCACUGGCCAGACUGACGACCCUGACUCAGAGGCAGGUAGCACAGAGACUGAUGUAUCUAAAAAGUGACCUGGGAGCAAACUUUUAUGGUGGGACUUUGAAGGAUAACUGAACUGGGACCCUGAGGGACAACAAACAUGGACUUGGGAUUAGAAAAGGACACAGUGCAAAGACUUUGUUCCAUGUGCACUCUAUUUAUUCAGCAGGAUCUUCUACCAACAAUAUCUUCCUUCUCUUACAACCACCCUGAAUUACUGUGACUCUCGCUGUUGUAUGUAGAGCUUUAGUGCAGCUCAGAUGUGUACUCUUUUGGGUGUAGCUCGGUUUGCUUUUGUUUUCACUCUGGGUGUAACCUUCACGUCCUCCAUAUUCGUGCAGGUAAAAGAAAACUUCCUGGCUACCUUAGUGCUUCUGUAUGUACACAAAUCAUCCAUAACUCAUCCACGAAUGAGUGUCAAAGCCAAUUAUGCACACAUGACGUGCAGAUGUGCCACUUUCGGACUGAUUUAUCACUGUGUGCACCUUGUGAUUGAUAUUUCAAUAAAUGUGAACAGGA